GAGUUAUUAUGGCUUCUUGGAGAACGUGCAAAGCCAAGUUUCAUCACUAAUGCUUGUGGCAGCACGUUGUGAAACAAGUACAUAAAAAAUCCCAUUGCUUAAAUGAAGAUUUUGUCAACUAGGUAUUAACUGUUCACUGUCACUUACCCCAACAACAGAACUUUCAAAAGUACCUUGUCUAUAAUCUUGUUUUUGGCUUUCUGUUCUGUUUUGUUUUGAUUUGUUUUUGUUCUUAAGCUUUGAUAAUCAUUUGUUUUGUUUUAAAGCUACAUUAAUUUGGAAAAAGAAAAAGUAUGAUGAUGGCUGCUGUUAAGUUGGGGUCACUUCCACCAGCAGCGCUGGGAGGAGUUACAGUGACAAAGAAAUGUGAGAGAUCAAGUGGUGGAGUUAGAGUGGUUGGUGAAUGUGGUAGUGGCGGUAACGGGUUCCCUUCUUUUCUUCCUAAAGAGGUUGAGAAAAUCAAAGACCCUUUUGCUAGAAAUUUGGCUAGGAGGAUAAAGAGGCUCCCAGUACAGAUUGAAUGUUCUGACAGUUUUAUAAUGAGUAGUUGUGUACAACCGCUAAUACAAAGGGAUGCCAGUCCAGUUGUUCUUCUCCAUUGCUUUGACAGUUCUUGUUUAGAAUGGAGGCGUGCGUACCCCUUGCUUGAAGAAUCUGGCUUGGAGGCAUGGGCUAUUGACGUUCUUGGGUGGGGCUUCUCUGAUCUAGGAAGGCUUCCACCAUGUAAUGUAGCAUCUAAGCGUUACCACCUCUAUCAGCUUUGGAAUUCCUACAUCAAAAGGCCAGUGGUAUUAGUCGGACCAAGUCUUGGUGCUGCUGUUGCAAUUGAUUUUGCAGUAAAUUAUCCAGAAGCUGUUAAAAAGUUGGUUUUGAUCAAUCCAAGUGUAUAUGCAGAAGGCACAGGAAACCUUGCAAAGUUGCCAAGAGUAGUAGCCUAUGCUGGGGUUUCUUUACUAAAAACAUUCCCUUUACGUCUUUAUGCAAAUCUAUUAGCUUUCAAUGGCAUAUCAUUAUCCAGAAGCUUAGACUGGACAAAUGUUGGCCGCUUACACUGCCACAUGCCUUGGUGGAAAGAUGCAACUGUUAAUUUUAUGGUUAGUGGAGGCUACAAUGUAGUGUCCCAAAUAAAGCAGGUGAAGCAGAAAACACUACUCAUCUGUGGUGAGAACGAUAGGAUAGUGAGCAACCAACUGGCAAUGAGACUGCUUUUUGAGCUUCCAAAGGCAAGAAUGCAACGAGUACCAGAUAGCGGUCACCUUCCUCAUGUUGAGAAGCCUCGCCGUGUUGUAAAGUUGAUUGCAGAUUUUGCUCAAAGCAAUUAGCUGCUGAAAGAGAGAAAGGACCAUUGCCUAAGAUUAGUGGAAGGGAGUUGCUUUCCAAUCUCCAUUAGGGUGCUGAUGGUUUUUCAGUUCAUCAAGUAGUAACACAAUUGUGGAUUUCUCUAUUUUUUUUUUCUUUUUAACGUAGGUCCUGGGGUACAUGUAAUGUAUAUAAUAUAUAUAAAAGAAAAAAAACCAUUAGAUGACAUGUUACAUAUCUUAGACAGACAAAAGAUAACUAUUCAUAGACAAUAGGAUUGGAGUAUCUGAAUGUUUAUUAUAGAAAUCUUGGAAAUAGAGGUUUACUACAGAUCUUGAAAAAAAAAUAUCA